CGGAACAUUGUGAGGGCCGCGUACAUUGGGCGGCGUGUCAGUGGGGAGUUGUAGGUGCUUCAGUGGGGGAGCUUCCAUUUAGCUGGCUCAGAUUACCUACCUACCUCCGGAGCAAUGCAGACGUCUAUUCAUUCAUUCCGUUCAUUUUAAGAAGGGUAUGCGACAGUAUCGACAGCAUCGACAGCAUUAACGUGGCGCCUCCAAAGCAUUGAAUGAAUCGUGUCCACGCAGCGAAACCAAAGGAUAUUGCUAGACCGCGACUGAUGCAACAUACAGCACCAUGAGUUACUACUUCGCCAUUGUCGGCACUCAGGACAACCCUCUAUUCGAGCAUGAAUUUGGCACCUCUAAACAGGGCGGCGACGGCCAGUCGCGCUUCAGCGAUCAAGUCCGCCACUUGAACCAAUUCAUCCUACAUUCGAGUCUUGAUAUUGCCGAGGAGGUCCAGUGGUCGCAUGGACAGAUGUAUCUCAAGUGUAUUGACAAGUUCUUCAACAACUAUAUAUCAUGCUUCGUCACCGCUAGCAACGUCAAAUUUCUCCUACUCCAUCAACCCAUCAUCCCGACAGGAGCGUCAUCGCGGUCAUCAACUGCCAUCGGGGCUAAUCCCACAAGUCCAGCUACCGAAGAAGCCAUCAAAAUGUUCUUUACGGAAGUUUAUGAGAAUUGGGUCAAGGCUAUCAUGAGUCCUUUCUACCACGCCAACAUGGAGGUGCGUAGCCCUGUCUUCAGAACAAGGGUAGCGGCAGCUGGGAGGAAGUACCUCUGAAUGUUGGACAGAUAACUUCGCGUUCUUAUGAUACCAUGUUUGCAACUUAAUACAACACAUUAUAUCUGA